AUGAGAUUCAGAAAGAAAGGCAAGCUAAGCCGCCGGUUUAUUGGUCCCUAUGAAAUCCUCGAGAGAAUAGGAAACCUAGCUUAUCGUUUGGCGUUGCCAAUGGAGUUGGAGCGAGUGCACAAUGUUUUUCAUGCGUCUCAACUAAAGAAAUAUGUGCACGACCCAUCGCAUGUGAUUCCGCUGGAAGUUUUACCGCUUUAUGGUACCUUGUCGUACGAAGAAAGACCGCUUCGGAUCUUGGAUUUCAAAACACGGGAGACCCGCAGGAAGUCGGUAGAGAUGGUAAAGGUGUGGUGGUCGCAUCAUGGAGAGGAAGAGGCAACCUGGGAGUUAGAGUCAGCCAUGAGGGAGCGCUAUCCGGAUCUGUUCAUCUUAGGUAUCUUGUCUUACCCUCCUUAUUGA